AUGGUGGCGAGCAGGGAUGACGAGAAGGGCUGGGACAACAUUCGGACCCGGAUUGGCUCAAGCAGUGUCAAGUGGAUACAGAUGGGGUCGGAAAUAACGAAUGAAGAGGUCCAGUGUGAUGGAAUCGAGCCACAUUGCGCGAAAGCCGAGAGCGGCACAAUGGCCAAGACUCCCAAAGAUGCUCUCCCAGGGUUGCAGAGUCUGAGUCUGUCAGAGGAGAAGCCUGGCGGCACACUUACUGCGUACUUGCUGCACCACCAUUCUCCUGCACCUAACGACUGCAAGCUGCAAACGCAGCAGCAAGACGAACAAGAGAUCCCUGAACUGGAUGGGCGGGUGAGGGCCGCGCUCGGGUAA